AUGUCCGAGACUUUCUGGCUGCAGCCUUGGAAGCCUGUGAUUGCGGAGGUUCAGACGACGCUUGCCUGGGCUCGGCGAACACACCGCUGGGGCAAGGAGAUUCCUCACAUCCCUGUGCUGGGCCAAGCCAUCCAGAGUGGCGACAUCUUGGAGGCUGUGCAGAGAGCAGUUCUGAUCACAUUCCUGAUCCAGGAUCUUGGGGUGAAAAGCUAG